ACAGACCCGCACCGUCCGGCUCUUGCCCCACAGCCGGCGCCGAGCCGUUCCCCCAAAGGCGGGGCAGCCCCGGUGCGCUCACGUGGGGCUGGAUGCGGUGACGUCAUCCGCGCUCCCUUCCCUGGGAGGCGCGCGGGGGGAGCUGCCGGGGUGAAUGGGCGCGCGCCGAGGAGGAGCGCUUGCAGAAGAGGCAACUUUUGCAUCGCGCGCUUGGCGGCGCCGGUUCCGCUCUCCGCCGCUUCCAGUCCGAGCCGGCAGCAGCAGCAGCAGCAGCAGCUUCCAUGGGGUGUUGAAGACGUGUAAAGUUUGGAAGUCUGAAUGGAAUAAACAUGAAGAGCCUGAAAGCAAAGUUCAGGAAAAGUGAUGCCAAUGAAUGGAAUAAGAAUGACGACCGCCUCUUGCAAGCGGUGGAGAACGGUGACACGGAGAAAGUGGCAUCGUUGCUGGGUAAAAAGGGAGCCAGUGCCACCAAACUCGACAGCGAGGGCAAGACGGCUUUCCACCUGGCCGCCACAAAAGGGCACGGAGAAUGCCUUCGGGUUAUGAUAACUCAUGGGGUGGAUCUAGCAGCACAGGAUGGAGCAGGGCACAGCGCUUUACACCUUGCGGCCAAGAACAGCCACUCCGACUGCGUUAAGAGACUCCUUCAGGCUAAAUGUUCACCGGAGAGCACAGAUAGCACUGGGAAAACAGCUUUACACUAUGCAGCUGCAUGUGGCUGCCUUCAAAUUGCUCAACUCCUGUGCGAACACAAGUGUCCAAUUAAUGUCAAAGAUACGGAUGGGAGUAUACCUUUGCUGCUUGCGGUACAAAACGGUCAUGUUGAAGUAUGCAAAUAUCUUCUGGAACAUGGAGCUGAUAUCAAUUCCAGAGACAAAAAUGGAAGAACCAGUCUGAUGUUGGCAUGUGAAGAUGGAAACCUCAGCAUUGUGGAGGUCCUGAUCAGAAAAGGGGCAGACAUGAACUUGGUGGAUGCCCUUGGACACAAUGCCCUACAUUACUCCAAAGUCUCCGAAAAUGUGGGAAUCCAGAACCUACUUCAGUCAAAAAUUGUUCAAGAGGCUGAUACCAAGUCACCGACAAAGCCGAAGCAGCAUGAUCACGCCUCUAGAUUAAGUUCAGAAAGAAGUGGAACUCCAAAAAAACGCAAAGCCCCACCGCCUCCUCCUGUCAGCCCUAUCCAGCUUAGUGAUCUGUCCUCUUCACAUUCUACAACUUCCACCCCAGUACCUGGGAAAGGCCUGCCGUUUUUUGCUCAACAGGGAUCCAAGCAAGAGGAGAGCAGUGCAGUUCACGGUGACAGAAAGGACGUGAUGAGCGUUAGCACUACAGGCGCUGAUAGUUCACUGGACAUGAGUUCAGAGACAGACCAACAAGAACUGCUUCUACUGUUACAUGCAAAAGUUGCUUCUUUAACCUUGCAUAAUAAGGAAUUGCAAGAAAAACUGCAGGUGAAAACAGUCAAAGUAGGAGAGAUGGAUAGCACACUGGAUUCUUUUCAUUCCACUCAAACAGAGUUUGAUCGUUCAACAGACAGGCUAAGUGAUGGUUCAUUGGUAGCUCAGGAGAAAAGUUGCACUUCCCCAAGCAAAAAGCAAGAGCAAGGAAGCAACAAUGAAGUUAAAAUUAAACAGCUGGAAGAUGACUUGAAGGAAGUGCGGAAGAAACUAGACAGCUCAGAAGCGAAAAGGCGGCACUUGGAGAAUCAGCUUCAUUCUGGAGCGCUGGAAGGUGGCCACUUACUAAACAGCUCAGAGAUCUCUGAAAAUGGCUCAGACCUUAAUCAGAAAUUGAAAGAGACUCAAAGCAAGUACGAAGAAGCUAUGAAGGAGGUGCUGAGUGUCCAGAGGCAAAUGAAACUGGGCCUGGUUGCUUCAGAAAGCAAAGAGGCUGAUCUGCAGGAGUUCAGCGUGACAUGCGAAGAGAUCGAACUCCUGAAGGAAGAGGUGAGGAAAGCACUAGAAGAUGGAGAGAGACUCAGGGCAAGAGUGAGAGAGUUAGAGGCAAAGCUGGAAGAGAGCGAGAACAAAAUGGCCGGCACAGUGUCAGCUGAACAAUGCGAGGAGAUGAAAAACUCCUACUGCUUGGUCAUUGAGAACAUCAACCAAGAGAAGGCAUUGCUAAUCGAAAAGUACAAGGAGGGUCAGGAGGAAAUCAGAAGGCUCCAGGAGAAACUGAAGAGUCUGAUGGAACUAGAGUGCAGUGAGGAAGGAGAGGAGAUGAGAGAGGCAAAGAACAGCAUCAUCAGUGAACUCACGAGACAAGUUGAUGAGCUUUCUCGGCUGUACCAGGAAGCCCAGGCAGAACUUGAAGACAUCAGAAAGAGGAGUGUCCCAGAAGAGGCCAAUGCAGGAUCCAUACCACUGGACGAACAUGAAAAAAUGAUGGAGGCCACGGUCUUUCAGAGAGAGCAAGCAGAGAAUGCCUUGUUGGAAAUGAAGGCUCAGUAUGCCAAGGCGCUGAAUGAAGCGACUCACCUCCAGAGCCUUGUGGAGGCCCAGAAGAAGAACUCUGUCUCCAUCACUGAGCAUCUCCAGGUGGUCACUGCCCUCAGGACUUCAGUGAAGGAAACGGGAGAAGAAAUUAGCAGGCUCAGAGAGCUCCUGCUUCUCAAGGAGAGCGAGGUGCAGCGUCUGCAGAGGGAGCUGUUAGAAGAGGAGGCAGCGGUGUGCGAAGCCAUGGUGCCCAGAGUUCUUUAUGAAGAGCUGCGGUCUUCGACGGAAGGCGAAGUCAACAGCUUAUCAGCGAAACUGAAGGACAUGAUGAACGAGCAAGAGAGCUUGUCUGCAGAUCUCUUGCAGUUAAGGAAAGAGUUUGCACAAGUGAAAGGGGAGAAAGACAGCCUUCGCACUCUCCUUGAAGCUAAGGAGCAAGAAAUCAAAGGGCUGCUUCAUCAGUACCAGCAAGCCCAAGAAGACCUGCUUGAAAUGAAAAAGGCUUCGGAGAGUUCCUCCAAAAUAGAAGAGGAUAAGGAUAAAAAGAUCAAUGACAUGUCUAAGGAAGUUUCUAAAUUAAAGGAAGCGCUGAACAGCCUCUCCCAACUUUCCUACUCGACUGGUACCCCGAAAAGGCAAAGCCAGCAGCUGGAGGUCCUGCAACAGCAAGUCAAGCAGCUACAAAACCAGCUCAUUGAAACCAAGAAGCAACACCAGGAGAUAGUAUCUGUUUACAGGACCCAUCUCCUCUAUGCUGUUCAGGGCCAAAUGGAUGAAGAUGUCCAGAAAGUGCUGAAGCAGAUAUUAACCAUGUGCAAAAGCCAGUCGCAGAAGAAAAAUGAAACUGUCUUUGUUGAUCCCUGAGGUGCUGCUGCCUUGUUUGGAAAUUCGCCUUAAAACGAAAUUUCUUCGGCAAACCCCUUGCCAGGAACUUUCGUCGGUCUCUGCCCCUCCUCUUAUUUCGUUUUCAUGCCCCAUGAGCUAAAACACCAUUCCUUUUUCCCCCUCAUUGCUCCCAUAAAGUUUCCAGAAUUUCUUUUCGGGGUGUGUUUCUCCAAAAAUUGCCAUGACUUUUAAAAUCAGGGGUGGUCAGAGUUUGACCUGCAGAAUUAGGAAGCAUCUCAGUGCUUUUUCCUGUUAUUCUGAAGGACUGGAGCAAACCAUGGAAGUUCCAGUAUGCCCAGUUGCACCGGGGGGCGGGGGCGGGCGCGGGCGGGGGGGUGUAGGGUAGAGGCGGAGUCUGAUUAUUCAGUUCCUGCUUAUCAAAACAGGGAGACUCCACUUUAUAUAUUUACAACCUGCAGAUGUUGGGUAUGAUAGAUGCAACUUCUGAUUUGUCAGUGAGACCUUUUUGGGCCUUUUUAACUGAAAGGAGGAAAAAGCCAAGUUUCUUAGGCAACCGGCAGGCUGAAGAGAGCCGCAGCGUGUCUUUAUCUUUACGUGGACCAUCAAUGCGUACCAAGCUAGGUAACACUAGGUAACAUAAAGUGUCGUCGUCUACUAAAUCCAAUAAACGAACUGCUAACUCAGCUAAAACCUCAGUUUCUGAACCCAGUAGUAGGUCAAGCUAUCUAUGCAAAUCCUCGCAGCACUGGUGGCCGUGGAGCUCAGGAGGAGAAAAACGAAAGUUUUGAAUAACCACCAAGGGAUCCGAACAGAAAAACUCGUGAUGUUUACAGUGAGCGCUGUUGUCUCACGGUUCCUAACCUCAUUUUUGUAAAAGAUCUUCUCGUCAAUAUAUUUUUACUGGCCCUCAGUUUUAGAAACGUUUUUUGUAACUAAAGCCAUUUGCUAUGUACCUUCCCUCCCACUUUCGCGAUGGGUGUUAUUAUCGAACGCUUCCGACUUGUUGCCUUUCUCGCUUACCCCAGCGUACCAGCAGUUGUGCAGGAUAUUGUUUCCCUACCUUGUCUAGACAAGACUGUUAAAGUAGCCCCAAUAAGGAAGGAUGAGGAACGGCUCCCUGUGCUCUGUUGUGUUUUGUUGUUGGUUUUUGAAUGCCAAAUGUUGCUGUAACAACUGGAAACACAAGAUGGUCUUGUAUUACCUGUGCUUCAUUUCACAGUGCUGGUUGCCACAUUAUUUAUGUACUUACGGGGCUGUGCACCUGGAAAUGAUUUCUCUUUCUAAAAGACGCCUAGCAGGAAAAGCAAAUGCUUGUUAUUAUUUGUGUGAUAUAUAGGCACACAUACCCAGGAAAAGCCCAGCAUUUACUAGCACAUUUUAGUACAGUCAUGUUUUAAUCCUGUCUCGCCUGCUGUUUUUCAUUGCAGAUUUACACUAUAUGCCAAUUUUGAAACCUGUUGUUUAAGUACUGUGGCCCCUCCCAAAGCAUUGUGAGAAUUGUAGAUUUCAGAAGACGCCAUGAAUUCUUAGACGGAAAAACUGCUCAAAACUAAAAAUCCCAGGGGCUAGCAAAAGUUUCUGGGUACAGGAGCAUUUCCAUAUUACAAAAAAUUCAAUGUUGAGAAUCUAAGAGCCUCAUUUAAAGCCUUUAAGGAAAACUGAAAAAUAAUCAGCAGAGGUACAGUACACAAAUUCUUGGUUUAUCAGAGCACCAUGGGAAAGAACACCUGAAUCAUAUGCGUGCCACACAGAUAUGCACUAAAGGGAAGGACUGUUGUGACUGGCAUAUCUCUUUACAUAGAGCACCCGCUCUAGUGCUGGUUUUAUGCCUACUGGCAGAGCUAAGGCUGCAGCAGAAGUUGCCAGUAUUCUGUAAGUAUCCAGACUUGGAACCGUACAGAAUCUCCAGUGCCUCAGGGUCACGGAUUCAUGCACUGCCUGCCUUUUUUAAAAACUGUGGCCACACCUAAAUAGAUUUCAUAGGAUUUCUUAGGCCUCGAUAUUUUUCUCUCCCUGGUUUUAACUAAUUCCUAUUAAUUUUGGACAGUAUUUUGUAGUUAGACGCCUUUUUCCUGAAAAAAAGAAAGAAAAGCUCCAAAGAAAUGUGAAAACUUUGCUGCAGCACUUACAGAAACAAUUUUUAACAAAUCUAAAGUAUGCCAAUAAAAUGCUGCCAAGUAUAAAACUUGAGGAACCAUUUUUGUCGAUUGCCUGACAAAAACCUUAGCUUUUUACCUUGUUUUACGUAUAUUUAUUACAGUUAUCAUUGUGAGACAUUGGAAAUUGUACGCUAUAGCUUAGUGACUGUCCUUUAUGUAAUUUUACAAAAGUUUCCUUAUUCAACAAAUAAAUGGUCUUUUUUUAAAAAAGAAAAAAGAAA